GAGGCCCCAGAGUUAGCAGGGAGGAAAGAGGGUGGAAGAGGGAGCAAAAGGAGCGUGGGGGACGUGUGGUGGCCCAAAGAAGUCUUAAGAAUUUUGCAGUCAGCCUCAGCAAAGAGGCCUGGGUAAAGGGAGGGGCCAGGAGGCGUUGGGAACCGACCCAGGAGUUCCGGGAAACCCUUUACCAUCUCAGUCUGCAGAGGAGCGGGGCCUAAAAAGUGACGCCACACCCCCACAAGGAGAGUUUGCAUAUUUAUGAGGAAACGUCGAGAUCUUUGGAGGACCUAGCCAUCUAGAAGGACCAGAACGCCUCGUUUCUAGCGCGUUUCCGUUUCCGCUAGGAUAUUGGCGGUUGGUGAGCAUCAUGGCAACCGUGACGUGUCUUCCUCUGCUCCCAGACGGCCACAACCAAGGUCCCAGAGAUCCGAGAUGUGACGAGGAUUGAGCGUAUCGGUGCACACUCGCACAUCCGGGGGUUGGGGCUGGACGAUGCCUUGGAGCCACGGCAGGCUUCCCAGGGCAUGGUGGGGCAACUGGCAGCCCGGCGGGCGGCUGGCGUUGUGCUGGAGAUGAUCCGGGAAGGGAAGAUCGCCGGGCGGGCAGUGCUCCUCGCUGGCCAGCCAGGCACUGGGAAGACAGCCAUUGCCAUGGGCAUGGCACAGGCCCUGGGCCCUGACACCCCGUUCACAGCCAUUGCGGGCAGCGAGAUCUUCUCCCUGGAAAUGAGCAAGACAGAGGCGCUGACGCAGGCCUUCCGGCGGUCUAUUGGUGUUCGCAUCAAGGAAGAGACCGAGAUCAUUGAAGGGGAGGUGGUGGAGAUCCAGAUUGACCGGCCAGCGACAGGGACGGGCUCUAAGGUAGGCAAGCUGACCCUCAAGACCACAGAGAUGGAGACCAUCUACGACCUGGGCACCAAGAUGAUUGAGUCCCUGACCAAAGACAAGGUCCAGGCCGGGGAUGUGAUCACCAUUGACAAGGCCACGGGAAAGAUCUCCAAGCUGGGCCGCUCCUUCACACGCGCUCGUGACUAUGACGCUAUGGGCUCCCAGACCAAGUUCGUGCAGUGUCCAGACGGGGAGCUCCAGAAACGCAAGGAGGUAGUCCACACCGUGUCCCUGCAUGAAAUUGACGUCAUCAACUCCCGCACCCAGGGCUUCCUGGCUCUCUUCUCAGGUGACACAGGGGAGAUCAAGUCAGAAGUCCGAGAACAGAUCAAUGCCAAGGUAGCUGAGUGGCGUGAGGAGGGCAAGGCAGAGAUCAUCCCCGGGGUGCUGUUUAUCGACGAGGUCCACAUGCUGGACAUUGAAAGCUUCUCCUUUCUUAAUCGGGCCCUGGAGAGUGACAUGGCGCCAGUCCUCAUCAUGGCCACCAACCGCGGCAUCACCCGGAUCCGGGGUACCAGCUACCAGAGCCCCCACGGCAUCCCCAUCGACCUACUGGACCGACUGCUCAUCGUCUCCACCUCUCCCUACAGUGAGAAGGACACGAAGCAGAUCCUCCGCAUCCGGUGUGAGGAGGAAGACGUAGAAAUGAGUGAGGACGCCUACACGGUGCUGACGCGCAUCGGGCUAGAGACCUCGCUGCGCUACGCCAUCCAGCUCAUCACCGCGGCCAGUCUCGUGUGCCGGAAGCGCAAGGGCACGGAAGUGCAAGUAGAUGACAUCAAACGAGUCUACUCGCUCUUUCUGGACGAGUCGCGUUCCACACAGUACAUGAAGGAAUACCAGGACGCCUUUCUCUUCAACGAGCUUAAAGGCGAAACCAUGGACACCUCCUGAGCUGAUCUCACCCUCACCCUUUCCGCCCCAGCCCACCCUGUUUUCUACUAGAGUUCUGACACUGUUACUUUGUAUAAAAUGGAUCUGAAACUGGA